AUGAUCUACGAUACGGAAGAAGAUCCGCGAGUAAGCACCAAAAAGGACCAAGAACCCACUUCUUGGUGGCCCGAAACGUGCUGGCUACGGACGGUGUCCGGGUCAACCGUUGAACGGGUGGUUCCGCAGGAAGUUCCGGAAGUUGAUGCGGUACUGAAGCAAGAGGAGAGCAAUAAAAGAGGGAUACGAGAAGAAGCUACGUAUCUGAAGUUGAUACUGACGGCGUCUGACGCUACUGAUCUCGUCACUGUCCACGCAGGGUUCGCUAAUCACCGUCGAUAUGCCUGUGCUAACUUCCUGUACGUGCAGAACUCGCGCUUGACACUGGAGAUCGGCAUGCUGCUGGACGUUCUGUUUGACGAACUACGACGACUACGAAGAAAGCGACGAGUUCUUCGCGAACCUGCAGAUGAACGAACUGUACGCUUCCAAGUCAACUUAUGGUAACUGGCACUGUGCCAAGUAAUAUUCCACCAGGCACUAAGAUCUGAAGGUGCUGGAACCGCAUCUGGUUUAGAAUAGCAAGA